AUGCGAUGGAGGGUUUUUGAGAAAAAAAAAAUUCAAAGGUACAUAAUAUGCCAGCUUCAUUUCACAGCCUUAUCAACAAUGGCACCAAAAACCGGUACAUCAUAUAAGAUUACUAAGCCACAAGUGAAUGUAUUGGAUGGAAAACAUGUCAGUGCUAAAAAGGCGGCAAGUUAUCUACAUUCCGUUCGUCAACAACAAUAUCAAUCAAAAGGUUCAGCCGCCAUCACAUCUUCAAGCAAUGGUGCCACGUCUACACAGGAGCCAUCUUGGAACCCAAAACAUUUUCGAUUGUUUGUGGGUAAUUUGGGACCCGAUGCAACUGAUGAUCUUUUACGUGGUGCAUUUGGUAAAUACAGCAGCAUGAGUAAUGUACAUGUACCAAUAGAUAAACAUACCAAAAAACCUAAAGGGUACGGAUUUGUUGCAUUCUCAAAUGCUGAUGAUUAUUUACAAGCAUUUAAAGAUAUGAAUGGGAAGUAUAUUGGACAAUUCCCCGUGCAAUUGAAACGAGCUGAAUCAAGUGUUCCAAAGAAGCACAAAAGUAAAGCGAAAAGGUAA